AUGGCUCCUAGCAAGUCUCUUGGCUCACUGAGCGCAAUGCGCGACGCCAUUCAGAAGAAGACUGCCGCCAAGGCUUCUUCACUGGCAGGCGCCGCGAGCUCCCUCAAGAGCGCCGCCCCCGUCGACGAUUCGAGCGACUCAAACAGCUCAGGCAGUAGCGAUAGCGACAGCGACAGCGGCAGUGACUCUGACAGCGGUAUCGAGGAAGCAAAGAAGAAGCUUGACGCCAAGAAUGCUGCCAAGAAGGCUGCUGCCACCAAAACCCAGCCGCCCGCUGCCACAGCUACCAAUCUCAAGAAGACUAGCACCAAGAAGCCUGCUGCCGAUACCAGCUCCUCCGACGAUUCCACCUCUGACUCUGACUCUGGUUCCGACUCGGACAAAGAUACAAAACCUACCAAGAAGGCUGAAAAGCCUAGUUCGGCAAAGAAGUCCACCACCGUAAAGAAAGCUGCUAGUGACAGCAGCACCAGCAGCAGUGGAAGCGAUAGCGACAGCGACAGUGACAGCGACUCUGAUGCUGGCGCCAAGGUUCAAUCAAUUGCCAGCGCAGUUGCCACAAAGGCAGCACAUGCCAAUACUGCUUUGCCAAUUCGCAACUCCCCUAAGAAUGAAGAUGCAGAUGAGGACAGCAGCAGCGAUUCGGAGUCAGAAAGUGAAUCUGAUGCAAAGGCCGUUACUAGAGUCAACGGCACUUCGGACAACACUGAACUUGCUAAGCCAGAGUGGCUCACCAAGUCCGACUUUAUGCUUCGAAAGGCCUCUACCGACAAUCCUGGCAAGGAAGUCUCUGAAUUCCUGAGCAAGUCUAGCCUCGAGGGCAAGCAGGUCUGGUACUUUACUGCGCCUGCUUCAUUGCCCAUCACCGUCAUCAAGGACAUGGAGAUCGACUUGGCAAAGGCUCAGUCUGGUGGCGCUAUCCUGAACCACAAGGGCGAUUCUUACGGUCUGGAUCUCGAGCCGUACACAACUAGCAGUCAAAUUCAGCUCCUGAUUCCUUCAAAGGGUGGUGAAAAGUAUAACACACUGAACCGGGGUAUUGAUUCUACUGUCCAUCUUCGCCGCAUCGCCGAGUUUGGUGGCUCCAGCAAAGUCAGCUCGACUGCCACCGACCAGUAUGUGCGAAAGCCAAAGCCUGUGCGCCAGCAGCCAGAGAAUCUGAAGGCUCGCUUUACCCCAAUCGGCGUGCCUACAAAGAAGCCCACUCCUUUCCAAGCCACCAAGAGCAAGCAAGUCUCGGAUUCAAGCUCUUCAUCUGAUAGCGACUCUGAUGUCGAAAUGGCUGAUGCUUCCGCACUACCUCCUUCUGUUCUUUCCAAGAAGACUGAAGCUGCUGGCACAAACGGCAAAUCGAAGAGGAAGCAGCCUUCAGACUCUUCAAGCUCAGGAAGCGAUUCCAGCUCGAGCGAGUCCGAUGAGGAGCCUUCGCCGCCAAAGAAGAAGUCCAAGGCAACGGACAAGGCUGCGAAGCGCGCAAAAGUUAGUCCUGUCAAGGAACUAGUGAAGCCUACAACCAAUUCUCCCGCGCCAGCCGUUCAGGCAGAGAACAUUGACGUCCCCAGUUCGCUGGGCAAGAAGUCCAAGACCAAGUCGACUCCUAUUCCGCCGCCCACUGUUGGACGCACAUUGGCAGACACUCAUGCUACUCCCUCCAAAACCCCGGCAUCCACAAAAUCUAAGAAGGACAAGAAGUCAAAGGCUGAUGAUACGCCUAAGGCGCUCACCCAGACUCCGAUUCCUCCCCCUUCUUACGGAAUUGGCAACUAG